UAUCGCCCUAUAUAAUCAACCACAACGCGUUUUAUUAAGACUGCUAAUUAUUGUUCUAUUACAUAUUAUCUUCUUAUGCUUAGCAUCUUUAUCCUAGAGGUUAUUAUCUGUUCGCGCGUGAGCCGCUCUACUGUGCUCACCUUAGCAGACUGGGAGGCUUUAUUUAAUAAGCUUGUCGCGCAUGGCUGGAUGUACUAGGAUGAGAUGAAGUGGUGGUUGUACGCAGAGCGUAGGGUGCUUAUUAAUUAAUUAAAUAUCUCUAAGAUGCUAAAGAAGGAGGGCUAGAACAAAAAGGCUAUUAAACUGCUGUUAGUUAAGCGCAGUAAGGACCUUUAUAAUAACUAUUGUUGUAUUAUAAUAAACUAUAUAGUAG